AUGGGGGAUGACAAAGUAAAGAAGUUUAUUGAGUCUGGGGGCGACAAGGAGUUGGAAGAGUGCACCAAGGUUCAGCUAAAGCUAGUGGUGGAUCAUUUUGGGUUGAAAUUGAGGUCCUCCAGGGUGGCGGAGCGUCGGAUUGAGAUCAUGGCUCAGCUCAAGGCCCGAGAGGAGGUUUCCGAGGAAGGACCGCCCCAGGUACCUGCCAGUGUUGGUGGGAACCGGAGCGACGAAGGUAGCAGUAGGGGAUCCAGCGGUAGUAGCAAGAGGAGCAUGAAGCUAGAGAUGAUGAAAAUGCAGCUUGAAGCUCAGCUGAAGCGGGAGGAGCGCGAAGCUCAGCUGAAGCGUGAGGAACGCGAAGCUCAGUUGAAGCGUGAGGAGCGCGAAGCCCAGCUGAAACAAGAGGAGCAUGAGCGCGAGGCUCAGCUGAAGCGUGAGGAGCGCGAAGCCCAACUACAACGAGAAGAAGGAGAAAGGCAACUGCGACGGGAAGGAAUAAAAGCGAAGAAGGAGGUUGAGAUGCGUCGGGCGGAGCGCGGGCUGCUUUUAGUGUCGGCUCGGCGGGAUGACCCCAAGGUCCGGGAACGCGACCUGCCAACAUUUGACCCUCUAGAGGCCGAAGCUUUCUUCGACCAUUUUGAGAGGAUAGCGACAUUGAAGGAAUGGCCGGAAGAGGAUUGGGCUGCGUUAGUGCAGAGUAGGUUGACUGGCGAGGCCAGGGAAGCCUAUAACAUGUUGGACCUUGAGGAAUGUGCCGUUUACGACAUGAUCAAGAAAGCUGUGCUCCAAUCGUAUCGACUAACCCCGAAGGUUUACAGGAAAUGCUUCCGGGAGUGCACAAGAGCUUCCGGAAGGUCGUAUGCUGAAACUGCUCGGGACAUGGAGCGCAGGUUCCUGCGAUGGCUGAAGGCUGAAGAGGUGGAGACGAUGGAGGAGCUGAAACAAUUGAUGGUGAUGGAAAGAUUCAUGUCAAUGCUCCAUCCAGAACUAAGGGUCAGGAUCAAGGAGGCUGGUAUUAGAGAACUUAAGGCUGCUGCAGACAGAGCCGACCUACUGGAAGAGGCACUACAUCUCGGGAAGGAGGGACCGCCUAGGCACUCGCCUCACCCAAGGUUUGGGGGGAACGUCAAGAGUUCAGGAGGGGCGAGGACGGGUGGAGACUCUCCCAAGAAUAGUGCACGCAGUGAGGUGAGUCGGUCCAAGAGUUCAGGGGAACCGGUGAAGAAACCCCAAGGGGGGGGGAACACCGGGACUGGGGCUGGAGCGAGGAACGCUGCCAGGGAGACAACGACCGGGGGCGCGAGGAGGACCCAGGGGACGGCGGUUUCCGGGGGCGUUGCCCGAGUGACAGGGGGAGAGUCGCCUCCCAGGAGAGUCAGGUGUUUUAAUUGUGGCGGGCGCGGACACUUCGCACGUGAGUGUGGUCGCCCCAGGCAACGCGGAAAUGUGGCACUGGUCAGAAUGGACGACCAAGGAGCCAAGAAUGUUUUGAGCAGAUCUCCACUAGAAAGGGAGGAAAAGAUCCAUCCUUUUAUUUGUGAAGGUGCUGUGAAGAUAAAAGAGGCCGACCCCAUUCCAGUGAAGAUGUUGAGAGAUACUGGAGCAGACUUUACCCUGGUGAGUGAGACCCUUUUCCCUGAGGGAUAUGAGGACACCAGUGUGGGGGAGGCCAUGGUGACCACUGUGGGUGGCCCAUUGAGAAUGCCCCUUCACGAGGUGAUUUUGGACUCUGACUACGGCUGCAAGACCCUUGUGGUGGGGUCUGCGCCUCGAUGCCUAAGAUGGAGGCCCAGGUCAUUCUGGGAAAUGACUCAUGUGGGGGAUGUGUACUCCCAAACCUCGUUAAGGACGAGGAGUGUUUAG